GUCCUUGUCGUCCCCCCCUCGGCCCCGCCCACUCUGCGGAGUCACCACUCGAUCGGUGGCUACUAGGAGUUGGAUCCGGCCACGUCACUCCUGCCAACAGAAAACCACGCCCUCCUCCGCUUUCACCAAUCAGCGGAUGAUUACCCCGCCGGGGGUGGGCCGAUCGCUAGGGGAGUGCCCAAUAGCGACGCUCUCCGUGACUGACGGCCAUGGAGGGGACCAAUGGGAAGAGUCAGGUUGCUAUGAUGACGUCAGGUGCACGGUCUGUGGUCCUUAUGUAGGCUCGGUGACGCGGGGACUGGCUGCAGACUGGAUAGUGACAUCUCACAGAGGAAGAGCAAGCAUGUGCGGAAUAUUUGCAUACCUCAACUACCACGUGCCUCGCACCAGGCGUGAAAUCCUUGAGAGACUUAUCAAAGGUCUUCAGAGAUUGGAGUACAGAGGAUAUGACUCUGCAGGUGUCGGAAUUGACGGCGGCAAUGAAAAGAACUGGGAGAACAACGCUAACCAGAUCCAGCUCAUCAAACAGAAGGGGAAAGUCAAGGUCUUGGAUGAAGAGAUUAACAAGCAAGAAAACCUGGAUUUAGAUAUUGAAUUUGAGGUUCACUUGGGAAUUGCACACACCCGUUGGGCCACUCAUGGAGAGCCCAGCCCUACAAACAGUCACCCGCAACGCUCUGACAAGAACAAUGAGUUCAUCGUCAUCCACAAUGGAAUCAUCACAAACUAUAAGGACCUGAAGAAGUUUUUGGAGAGCAAAGGCUACGAGUUUGAAUCUGAGACUGACACAGAAACUAUAGCUAAACUUGCCAAGUAUAUGUACGACAAUCGUGAGAAUGAUGGCAUCAGCUUCGCCACCCUUGUAGAGCGAGUCAUCCAGCAGCUGGAAGGUGCCUUUGCUCUAGUAUUUAAGAGUGUGCACUAUCCCGGCCAGGCUGUUGGAACCAGGAGGGGUAGCCCACUUUUGAUGGGUGUACGGAGCGAGCACAAGCUUUCUACUGAUCACAUCCCGAUCCUGUACCGCUCAGUGUCACAAAGCAGCGAUUAUCCUCUAGAGGGACUCUCCAUUGUAUUGGAUGAAGGCAUGGAUAAGAAAGGAAGCUGCUCCAUGACCAGAGUGGACAGCACAACCUGCCUGUUCCCUGUGGAUGAGAAAGCUGUGGAGUAUUACUUUGCAUCAGAUGCCAGCGCGGUCAUUGAACACACCAACAGAGUGAUCUACCUUGAAGACGAUGAUGUGGCUGCUGUUGUGGAGGGACGUCUCUCUAUCCACCGCAUUAAGAGAAGUGCAGGAGAUCACCCAGCGCGUGCCAUUCAGACUCUGCAGAUGGAGCUGCAGCAGAUCAUGAAGGGCAACUUCAGCUCCUUCAUGCAGAAAGAAAUCUUCGAGCAGCCGGAGUCAGUUGUCAACACCAUGAGAGGACGCGUGAACUUUGAUGACCUAACAGUGAUUUUGGGAGGUCUGAAGGAUCACCUAAAAGAAAUCCAGAGAUGUCGGCGACUGAUACUCAUUGCCUGUGGUACUAGUUACCAUGCUGGAGUGGCUACCCGCCAGAUUUUAGAAGAGCUGACAGAACUGCCAGUCAUGGUGGAGCUGGCUAGUGACUUUUUGGACAGGAACACCCCUGUCUUCAGAGAUGACGUGUGCUUUUUCAUUAGCCAGUCAGGAGAAACAGCAGACACCUUACUUGCCCUGCGUUACUGCAAAGAACGUGGUGCCCUGACUGUAGGAAUCACCAACACUGUUGGCAGCUCCAUCUCACGAGAGACCGACUGUGGGGUUCACAUUAAUGCCGGACCUGAGAUUGGUGUGGCCAGCACAAAGGCAUAUACUAGUCAGUUUGUGUCUCUUGUCAUGUUUGCACUCAUGGUUUGUGAUGACCGCAUAUCUAUGCAGGGCAGACGCAAAGAGAUUAUGAAUGGUCUGAAGAUCUUACCAGAUAAUAUUAAAGAAGUCCUGAGCCUUGAUGAUGAGAUUCAGAAGCUGGCAGAAGAGCUGUAUCAGCAGAAAUCUGUCCUUAUUAUGGGUCGUGGCUAUCACUAUGCAACCUGCUUGGAAGGAGCCCUGAAAAUUAAGGAAAUCACAUACAUGCAUUCAGAAGGGAUCUUGGCCGGAGAACUAAAGCACGGUCCUCUGGCUCUGGUAGAUAAACUUAUGCCAGUCAUAAUGAUCAUCAUGAGAGAUCACGCCUACAACAAGUGCCAAAAUGCACUGCAGCAAGUGGUGGCAAGACAGGGUCGACCAGUAGUAAUCUGUGACAAGGCAGAUACAGAAACCAUUAACUCAAUCAAACGUACAAUAAAGGUGCCUCACACAGUGGAUUGUCUGCAAGGAAUCCUGAGUGUCAUCCCCUUGCAGCUCCUUGCCUUCCAUCUUGCUGUGCUUAGAGGAUAUGAUGUGGAUUGUCCUAGAAACUUGGCCAAGUCAGUGACAGUAGAAUAAGCUGAAGCAAUCACACCAGAAGACACUAUUUCUACAAUAUAUAUAUAUUUUUUUUUUAUCCCAAUUUUUACUUUUGUAUUUAUGUUUCUGUGUUUGUUUUUCUUUUUGUUUAGAUCCAUUUGCAGUUCUUUUUUUUUUGCUGCACCUUGUAAAUGAUGAAGGGCAGAAUAUUGUACAAUCGUAGAUUCUAUUGUAAUUGCAUACCAUUGUAGCCUAGCCAUUCCCAUGUUCCUUCUAAGUUGCAGUAACCCGGACAGAGGUCUAGUGAUUUGGAAUGACUCCCAUCAUGCCAAGUCCCAGCACUUUAUAACUCUGCCCGUUUUAUGCUCCGGCCACCCCCGAUUAUAGACGUAGCCUGUCCGCUUCUAGAAACAUGUGCCAAGUGGCUGCACGCAGCCAGGCUAUGUCCCGCGGGUCUCUUAUUUCUUUGUAAAUACCUGACAAUGCAUUGAAGCAAUGAGGUUAAGACUCGGUAUCAGUAACCCAGACACAAGCACAAGUGGUUAUGUCAGAUGCCAGGUCAUGUAUGGAAGAAAGUUAAGGCAACCUGUGCAUCAGGCUAGAGCAGUGUUUUCCGACAAGGGUGCCUUCAGCUGUUGCAAAACUAAAACUUCCAGCAUGCCCGGACAGCCAACGGCUGUCCGGGCAUGCUGUAAGUUGUAGUUUUGCAACAGCUGGAGGCACCCUGGUUUGGAAAUACUGGACUGUAUUCAGCCUUCAAUACAUCUAGGAUGGGUUGAUUUCUGUUAGUAAAUCAUAGAGAAUACUGGAACAUGUCGCCGUGCUACAGUAAUAAUAAAGCUCAUCCUCCUGAUUUUCCAGGAGGCCGGGACUUCACAUUCCAUAUCGGUUUACACAAUUGGUCUGGUUCAUAUUCCUGCCAUAUUGAUGAUUUUUUUUUUUUUAUUUUUUUUUUUUUUGUGUGAUCUGUCUCACGUUCUUCCUUACUGUGCAGUUGUGUGGCUUCUAAAGUGGAGCAAA